UUGGUAGGGUGCACCAGCCGCAGACGAUCCCCCCUGGCUCAUUCUCUACUUGGUCAUUCUCCACUCACUCCACCAUCUUCUCUCUGUUGUGGUGGCGACUCAGAAAAACCAACCACACCUCCAAUUACCCAAACUCCGAACCGCAUUAACCGAUAAAAGAUCCGAAUGAGGGAUCCCAAUCUGGAGCUGCAGGAAUCCGGUUGGGAGGAGCUGCGCAAGGAAGCGCGCAAGAUCGAGGGCGAUCUCGACGUCAAGCUCUCUUCCUACGCCAAACUCGGCGCUCGCUUCACCCAAGGAGGAGGUUAUGUGGAUAGCGGUUCACCACCUAUUGGGUCCAGUAGUAGGUCUUGGAAGUCCAUGGAAAUGGAAAUUCAGUCUUUGCUUGAGAAGCUGUUGGACAUAAAUGAUUCAAUGAGUCGAUGUGCUGCAUCUGCUGGACCAGCUACUUCUGUGACUCAAAAGUUGGCUAGGCACAGAGACAUUCUUCAUGAGUUUACCCAGGAAUUUAGGCGUAUCAAGGGGAACAUAAACUCAAUGAAGGAACAUGCGGAGCUUUUGAGUUCUGUCAGGGAUGAUAUUACUGACUUCAAGACAUCAGGCAGUAUGUCACCGAGGAUGCAGUUACUACGUGAGAGAGCUGCUAUCCAUGGAAAUAUAUCUCAUAUAGAUGAUGUGAUUAGUCAAGCUCAAGCAACAAGAUCUGUGUUGGGUUCUCAGAGACAAUUGUUUGGUGAUGUUCAAGGAAAAGUGAAGGUUCUUGGUGACAAGUUUCCCAUCAUUCGUAGCCUUCUUGGUUCAAUAAGAAGGCGGCGCUCAAGGGAUACUCUUAUCCUGUCAGCGGUGAUUGCUGCUUGUACGUUGUUUAUCAUCAUUUAUUGGCUCUCAAAGUAACAAAAAUAAUUUGUAACACACAAAUUAUGAAUUAUGACUUCAUAACAGAGGGAGGCGAUGGGCCAUAGAAAGUACAUAAUGACGCCACAUCUGAGCACAAUGUUUUCUUUUUUUCUUUCUGAAACCUGAAAUGAAAUUUAUGCAUUUAUAUGUAUAAUACAUGAAUGUGUGUCAUCAUAUUUGUUAUAGCUUAAUUAGCGGUUUUGAAUAUGUAAAUAAGUUAAAUACUCAGAAGAAAAGACU